UACCUUGGGAGGCUCGGCUGUCGGCUUGUCGUAGCCAACCGACUGCCCGAGAAUAUAUGUUCGUCAAUUCACCAAAGCGCCCACACACGUCCAAUUGGUCGGUCGGUCGGUGCGUAUGUGGUGCCUUUCACACAGAGGUGGUGUCAAAGCUUGGACGUCCGCCGUAAGGAGUCGUGGCUGGUCGCUCUAGUGCAGGCAGGACUCGAGUAUUCCUCACAGAGCUCUCCUCGGAGAAGCACGAAAGCUUCACACUGCUGUCAGCUCCCUGAGAGCGGACGUUUGGGACGGAAGUCGUCAGGGAUUUGCCAUCGACUCUAAAUGCUGCAAGGUGUUGCUGCCGGAUUCACCAUGGACGCUAUAGACGGACGAGUGCCAGCGAGACAGUCUUCUGUCUCCUCUACUGGUGAACCCACAUCUGUGAGACGUCGAGCAGACGUGGACGGCAACAACAUGGGAUCUCGGCUGCGGCGGCCAGAUUACAGCCAGCACCCUCCUAAACCAGGUGCAACUGAAGCCGACGACAUGUACUGUGAUGAAUCCCUUCUCAACAUGAUAUUCACGUCUCAGCAAGAUCCUGACACUUACGUUAACGUUAUCGGUUGCGGAAGUCGUAAGAUCAUCUUGCCUGAAGACUCAGAUACGUCAAAAGACACGGAUGGUGAAAAACGUCGAUCAUCAUCAGUCGGAAGUAACGCGUCAGGUGUGACAGGAGACGGGCAAGAGGAAACCGAUGUCGUUAUCAGUGGGACCAGUGAGAGCUUCAACAGUAGUGAGCGAAGUGACACGAGUGCGAAAGACACCGUUGGGCCCAACGGAAAUAAUGUUUCUCAUAGCUGUCCGUCUAAUAGUGACAGUGGGGCCGAUAUACAUAGUGAGUCAUCGCCUUUUGGAGGGUCUUCAUAUUCUCUUAUGGAGCUGUGUGUAGCUUAUGAGAAGGCUUCAGAAGCAAUGGAUCAGGAAAAGAAAAGAGAGGAAAAUGUUUUCAAUAUCAUUGAUACGUAUCUGACAAAGGUAUCUCUGCUGAGGUGUAGCUUCUGUGACGUCACCAGCAUGGCUUCAGAAGCAAUGGAUCAGGAAAAGAAAAGAGAGGAAAACGUUUUUAAUGUCAUUGAUACGUAUCUGACAAAGGUAUGUCUGCUGAGAUGUAGCUUCUGUGACGUCACCAGCAUUCCUUCUGAUGAAUUAGUAACGAGUACUGUGAACUGCAAUUUGCAGAGGUCGAGUGAGUGCAGUGAAGAAGACGCCAUUGCAGCACUUGAAAAGAGGCUCGCUGCCGUCAAAGACUACGUGUCUGGUUUCUGCAAUGAAGCCACAAUGCAGGAGAACCGCAGUCAUGAAGUUAGCCAGGUGUAUUGGAAGCAGUCUACGUAUGACGGUGCAGAUCUGAGGGCUGCUAGCGGUAGUGGCAGCAGAAUGCCAGUGACCGUUGGAAACGUGCGCUACAACUACACUGAAAGAAAGGUAUCCAACUCGGCUCGAAAAUCGCGGAAUGCAGUCGUUCGACAGCGGAAAAUAAUGUCCAAGCUGUGUGCAAUAGCUCAGCGACUUGUAUCCAGAGCAGAGAUCAGCUACCACCUGAUAUCCAACUGCUUAAAGACUAUUACGAUCGGCUUGACUCCAGCUUUGCGAACGUGCACGCAGAUGGAGGAAGUGGUGCGAAAACUCGACAGUGGGGGACGUGGGCUGCCCGCGUUCCGCGACGCGGCCUCCGCUGUGACGCAGUGGACGAGCGAGGCGCUCCUCACAGCAGAGAGGGCUGUGGACCUCCACAGGGACGCACGCGAGGCACUGCAGGCGUCUUUGUGGGACCUGGAUCUCAUGAGGAGCUAUCAACUUCAAGGCAUUAAAGUCUCGCGCGACAUUAUGGCCGCCGGAGACUGCUUUCUAGGCCUCGUUCGGCAGCCGAAUGUUAGUGUGGCCAAAAUAAAAAACCAGGAGUCAAACAUGAAACAGAUGAGAGCCUCGCUUUUACCAGUUCUCAUACAAAUGAGGAGCCUCCGUAUCCUUAUAGAACAGUGGAGUGAGAUGUGCAGCGAUACUGUAUCUGCAGUUCUCCAAGCAUUGUAUAUAGCCACGCAGAGCUCUUGCAAUGCAAUUGAAGGGUCAGUGAAGGCUGUACAAGGUAUUUUGGUUCCUGCCGGAAUCGAUCUUGAGGAAAGACCAAUAUAACGUUUUAGAAUGUAACUGAUAUAAAAAGACUAAAAUUUUAAGUCCAUUAGGUUGUGAAAGAGACUGUGAGAAAUCAGUAACACGUUAACUAAUACCUUAUAUUGUAACACUGAGGUAAUUAAAAUUGCUUCUUCUAAACUA